AUGACCACAUCGGAAUCAAAAAAAGAAUUAGUUAAUGAACUGAAUAAGAAGUACGGUAAAGAUUUAUUAAAUUACGAAAAAUGUAAGAAGAUCUAUGAGCAAUUGCAACAAAACAAGUCUGAGAUUGAAAGACAGUUAAAUUUAAACGAUGAGUCAUCUUCGAUUGGUAAAGUUGUCAAAGAGGCGGAAAUUGCGGCACAAAACACUGAUCUUUGUUUGGAAAGAACUACCGAUGUUAUUGACGAAAUUAAAGCAAAUCUCGUUGAAGUUGAAGAUGUGAGGCGAGAUGUGCAGAAACGUCUUGAUAAAUUAAAUGCCUUACAAACAACCUUCCAGUACUUUAAAGUCAUACAGAGAAUUGAGUUUUUGAGCGACGAAUUAGAACGCGAAUUUAAGAAAAAAGACGAUGAGCAGUGCGUCACAAUUUUUGCGAAUUUGUGCGAAAUCAGCCGUAAUUUAACUGAUUUUCAAGGUAGCAAUUUGAGGAAUUAUCUCAAGGACACUCUACACUAUUGGCACAACGUACUAAAGGAAAAACUAGCAAAAGAUUUCGAUGACGUAAUGAAAUCACUCAAAUGGCCAUUCGUUAGUGCAAACUUCAGUCUACAAACGCCCUCUCCUAACAGCAUUCUGAAGCUACAAAUUGUGGCAGAAUAUCUGCUCCAAAUCGAACUUCCAAGUGAGACAAUUGAUCCGAGGAUAACUUCGGCCCUUUUGAGCGAUUUUCCACCCCUUUGUCUCCCAGUUAUGCUCCUAGUCCAACCCUUAAAGAAACGGUUUUUGUACCAUUUCUACGGCGCCCGUCAGACCAACAGGCCUGAUAAGCCCGAAUGGUACUUUACCCAGAUUUUAACAUGGAUCAGGGACCAUGCCGAAUUUUUAGUCAAGUGGAUUCAGCCGGUGAUUGAUAAAUUGGGGCUCCACCACAUUGACGCCAAAUUGGAAUUCAUCAGAGGCCUUGUACAGUUGGCUGUGGAGAAGCUAAACUCUGAUUUGCCUAACUUACAAUUUGACGAUUUCACUUUUUCGCACUCUAUUGACGAAGCUCUUGGCUUUGAUAAAGAAUUGCGUGAAACCUACAGUUAUCCACCGACGCAGCCGAGUAUUUUAGCCGUUUUAACUCAAGCUAAAAUCAUUAUUAAGUGGAUGGCUAUGGAGAAAAAAUAUGCUAUGGAAAAAAUGGACGCGAUGAUGUCCUCAGCCACAGUCGAUCCUUUCGAGCCGCUAACUUACGAUAUUGAAGAGCUGAAAAUAACAACAUGUGCCGAUGCUUUUAUAACGCUUCUUCAGACAAUCACGGAACGUUACGAGGCAUUGCCACAACCCGGCCACCGCUUGCAGUUCUUAGACCUCCAGUUAGAGUUACUGGAUGAUUUUAGAAUAAGAUUAUUGCAACUGGUUAACGCGGAACAUGAAAAUAUAGUCGAAUCGAAGAUCCCCACGAUUGCUAACACGAUCUAUUACAUCGAGAAUGUUUUAGUUGAUUGGGGGGCAAUGUUGCACUAUUUGAAUUUAUACUACUACAAAAGCCAGUUGAAUGACUACAAAGCACCCACAAGCCCGUCAAGUGAUUCGGACGACUUUGACCCCACGGAUAUUGAGGGUGAAACUGUUUUUGCCGAAACUUUAUCACUCUAUAGGCACAUGAGACGCGACUUGUUAUUUAAUUUAUCAGAUUAUGUCAUGUUGGAAGUCAGGUCACAAGGUAAAGCCUACAGGAGGGAAAGGUGGUCCUCUAUGAAUGUCGGUAAAGACAUCAAAGGCCUGUCUUUAACACCCACAGCCUGCCCUAUUUUCGAAAUCGUGGCUAAACGACUACACCAACUGCAAAAAACUCUAGCUUCGAAACUUUUUACGAUAGUUUGGCGCUCGGUUGCGCAACAAUUAGAUAAUUACCUCUUUGAGGAUCUUGUCCUUGAUAAUAGAUUUAACACUGGAGGCGCUUUGCAGUUAAAGUAUGACGUAACAAGGAAUUUACUGCCGUUAUUUUCGCAAUAUACCGAAAGGCCCGAAACGUAUUUCGUCCAACUGAUUGAAGCUUGCAAUCUUUUAAAUAUAACUAAAGGGUCCGCUUUGCUACUACGAGAGACUCUCUUGGCUCUUGAGGGGGCCACAGGUAUUGAGGACUCCCGCGGGAGAGCCCUCAAGGAGGUUGGGGUGGUCAGCUUCACCCCAAAAAUGGCCGUUAAGAUUCUAAACCAGCGCACCGACAUUACUGUUAAUAGGAUGGACGUUGAUUGAAGCAUUUAUACGUUUUGUUGAGAAAUUUUAUAAUAAAUGUUUUCCCCAC